UCCGACCGGAUGUUGAUAAUUCAACGUUGUGAGAUCGAAAAUGUCUGUUCAGUCGUUUGUAAGCAAAAGAAAGAAGCAUUUCAUCGGUUUAUCAGCACCGUUGGGAUAUGUUCCUGGUUUAGGGAGAGGAGCCACUGGUUUCACAACAAGAUCUGAUAUUGGUCCAGCAAGAGAUGCAGAUGAUAUAUCUGAUGAUAGACAUGCCCACAAUAAGAAACAGAAAACAGACGAGGAGGAAGAGGAAGAUUUAAACGAUGCUAACUAUGAUGAGUUCUCUGGUUAUGGAGGAAGUUUAUGUGGAAAAGAUCCUUAUGAUGAAGAUGACAAAGAGGCUGAUCAGAUUUAUGAUGCUAUUGACAAAAGAAUGGAUGAAAAGAGGAAAGAAAGGAGAGAACUGAAACUAAGAGAAGAUUUAGAAAAAUACCGUCAAGAACGUCCCAAAAUCCAGCAACAGUUUUCUGAUUUAAAGAGAAACUUAGCUGAGGUAUCAGAAGACCAAUGGUUAAAUAUCCCAGAGGUGGGUGAUGCUAGGAACAGGAAACAAAGACUGGCACGCAAAGAUCAAUUUACCCCACUGCCAGAUAGUGUAUUAGCAGGGGCAGUUGCCAGGACAGGAAAUGCUACAUCAAUAUCAGAUCGGGACCAGAAAUAUGGAGGAAUCAACACACCCUUUGGAGCAAUUACCCCUCUGGGUACCUCAACACCAGGGGAUAUUGAUAUGAAGAAGAUUGGUGAAGCUAGAAAUACAUUAAUGGAUAUUAAACUUACACAGGUAUCAGACUCUGUGAGUGGGCAGACAGUGGUUGAUCCCAAAGGGUACCUCACGGAUUUACAGUCUAUGCUACCCUCACAUGGAGGUGAUAUUAAUGAUGUGAAGAAAGCCAGAUUACUGCUGAAGUCAGUGAGAGAAACCAACCCUAAACAUCCUCCAGCAUGGAUAGCCUCAGCUAGAUUAGAGGAGGUAACAGGAAAGUUACAGACAGCUAGGAACCUCAUCAUGAAAGGCUGUGAGGAAUGUCCUAAGAGUGAAGAUGUAUGGUUAGAGGCUGCUAGAUUAAUGCCAGCUGACCAGGCCAAAGCAGUUAUAGCACAAGCGGCAAGACAACUGCCCUCCUCUGUCAGAAUAUGGAUCAAAGCUGCUGAUUUAGAAACAGAACUGAAGGCAAAGAAAAGAGUCUUUAGAAAAGCUUUGGAACACAUACCAAACUCUGUCAGAUUGUGGAAACAAGCUGUGGAAUUAGAAAAUGAAGAGGAUGCUAGGAUCAUGUUGAGUCGGGCUGUAGAAUGUUGUCCAACAAGUGUAGAGUUGUGGUUAGCCUUAGCCAGACUUGAGACCUAUGAUAAUGCCAGGAAAGUCCUAAACAAAGCCAGAGAGAAUAUCCCCACCGAUCGUCAGAUCUGGAUAACAGCUGCUAAACUGGAGGAAGCUAACGGAAACAACCAUAUGGUGGACAAAAUCGUAGACAGAGCUUUGAACUCCUUGAGAGCUAACAUGGUAGAAGUUAACAGAGACUUGUGGAUAAAAGAUGCUGAAGAUUGUGAGAAGAGUGGAAGUAUAGUCACCUGUCAGGCUAUAAUACGAGCUGUGAUAAGUGUUGGUAUAGAAGAAGAAGAUAGAAAACAUACUUGGUUAGAGGAUGCUGAAUCUUGUGCCACACACUCCGCAGUGGAGUGUGCCAGAGCUAUUUAUGCAUUUGCCUUGGCAGAAUUUCUCAGUAAGAAGAGUAUCUGGUUGAGAGCAGCUUACUUUGAAAAGAGUCAUGGAUCCAGGGAAUCUUUAGAAGCAUUGUUACAAAGAGCAGUUGCUCACUGUCCUAAAGCUGAGGUCUUAUGGUUGAUGGGAGCAAAAUCAAAAUGGAUGGCGGGAGAUGUGCCUGCUGCCAGAAGUAUUUUAGCUUUGGCUUUCCAGGCUAAUCCUAACAGUGAAGAGAUCUGGUUAGCUGCUGUUAAGUUAGAGUCAGAAAAUAAUGAGUACGAGAGAGCUAGGAGACUUUUACAGAAAGCCAGAGCUAGUGCCCCAACAGCUAGGGUCAUGAUGAAGUCUGUGAAAUUAGAAUGGUGUUUAGGAGAAAUACAGAACUCUAAAACAUUACUUGUAGAAGCUGUCAGACAUUACUCAGACUUCCCAAAGUUAUGGAUGAUGAAAGGACAAAUAGAAGAACAACAAGGAGAGAAAGAAGCUGCUAGAGAUGCUUAUAAUCAGGGGCUCAAAAAAUGUCCCAAAGCAAUACCUUUGUGGCUGUUAUUAUCCAGACUAGAGGAAAAGAAUGGACAGUUAAUUAAAGCUAGAUCAAUCUUAGAGAAAGCAAGACUCAAAAAUCCUCAGGUGCCGGAUCUAUGGUUGGAGGCAGUCAGAGUGGAAAACAGAGCUGGCUUAAAGAAUAUUGCUCAAAAUUUGAUGGCAAGAGCUCUUCAAGAAUGUUCAAAUUCUGGAAUAUUGUGGGCAGAGUCUAUAGCUAUUGAACCAAGACCACAGAGAAAAACCAAAUCAGUAGAUGCUUUGAGAAAGUGUGAACAUGACCCACAUGUAUUGUUAGCAGCGUCCAAAUUCAUAUUCUGGGCUGAGAGGAAGAUCAGUAAAGCCAGAGAAUGGUUCCACAGGACUGUUAAGAUAGAACCAGACUUGGGAGAUGCCUGGGCCUUUUUCUACAAGUUUGAACUCAUGCAUGGGGAUGAGGAGUCACAAAAUGAAGUACGGAAAAAGUGUAUAAAUGCUGAUCCACGCCAUGGUGAAUACUGGUGUCGUGUUUCAAAAGACAUUCAAAACUGGAGGUUAAAAACAGAACAGAUUUUACCUCUGGUAUCAGAACUUGCACCAUUACCGACUUGAUGUUAAUGUUUAUGUAUGAACUUUUAUAUGAAUAUACAUUGUUUUGUGUAAUUAAAGAGGUCAUAAACAAUAGAAUGUCAGAUGAACUAUGAACUUGUCUGUGUAAUGAAUCUAUGAUCACCAUAAAGCCAAUGAAUGAAGAAACAUGUUGCAGGAUUUUAUAUCGUCAGAAUUUUUAUGCUGCUACCAUCUAGGCUCAGUAAUUGUUGGGUACUAGAUUGAGCUGUGUGUGUAGUACCAGCAAAGUUUGGAAUAUUAGUACCCUUAAAAACUUAAUUUCAAAUGUCAUGGAAAAUUUUUCGGAAGCUGAGAAUUAAUUUCAAUAUCACUUUACUUGCUACAAAUGAUACUUAGAAGAUUGUUGUGUAGUACCUGCAAAGAUGCUAAGAGAAGUAAAUUUCCCUUAAUUUCAAACAUCAUAGAAAUAAUUUUGCGGAAGCUGAGACUUUCAAUAUCACUUAACUUGCUGCAAAUGAAACUUUAGAAGAAUGAAAGGAAAUAUUUGUUUACAUCA